GACAAAGGCCUCUUUUUUAUACAUCUCACUAUUUUUGGUGGCGCGUACCGGCAUGCAGAUCGAUCUAUCAUUCAUCUUUCCGCACGUCCUGCGGGAGCUGCCCGUGAACUUCCUCAUCCCGCUCCCCGCGCAGCGACCACGCACCGUCGCCAACCUCGCCUUCAUGUGCACGGGUCAGCUGCCGCUUGCCGAUACGCUUUUGAGCGCCCUCCGCCUUUCGCCUGCGGACAUCGCCUACGCCACGCUGGACAAUGCGAAGGCAGCCGGCCUCGUGCCCUUCAGCGACUCCGCCGUCAUUCGCAUUGACAAGUCCACCGUGAUUGAGAUCGGUAGCAGCACGACGCACUCCAUCUUUGGCGGCUUCGUCCCCGAUGAGGCGCUGCAGCUGCCCGCCGACACCGUCGCGCGAGGGCAGAGCAUUGCCGCCACAAUGUCCUCCUUGAAGGCAGGCACGCUGCUGUACGGCAACCUGGGUAUCCCCAACUCGCAGGCGAGUCGCUACUACAUUCUGCUGAACUCCCUCACUACGGCAGAUCAGCGGGAGGAGUUUAGCGGCUUUGCGCCGCUUGGCAUGGUGACGAGCGGACUCGCGGAACUGCAGCGGGCGGCGAGUCAGACCGCCGUCCAACCCCGCACCCUCGUCCCGAAAAAGAAGGUGGUCGUCUCGGCAUGCCGCGUGCAGUUAGACGACGCACAGCUGCUGUCUUCGCUUUCGUCAUCGUCGCCUUCGGCUGCCGUUGCUGCUGCUGCUGGUGGUGUUGGUGGGGCGUCGACAAACACCGGUGAACGGCGGAAGGCAGAGCCGCACGAACGCGUUGCCGGUCGCGUCCGCCACCGUGACGAUGAAGAAGAUGACGAAGAAAUGGGAAAGUGGCAGGCCGAUCCGCAAAAGGCGGCGGAGACGGGGUCGCGCGGCUUCUUCCAAAUGUCCGCGCGCUUUCCAAAGGCGGUCGCGCAGGCCGUGGCGGUGUCCGGCGGUGGCGCUGCGCUGAAGAGGCGACGUGCGGAGGCGUACGUGACGGGUGCUGAUGGAGUACCGGUGCUGCGCACGACGGCCAUUGCACCAGGUGAGCAGAGUGGCAGCGGAGCCGACGGUGGUGGCACGUUUCAGUUCUUUCAGGUCCAGCAAGAUGCCUUUAUGAACGAUAUUGAAGGCAUUUUAAGCACGCAGCAGCAGCGGCAGCACCGCAACUCCAACAAGAGCAGAAAGAAGCAGUCCUACUCGAAGGCUGGCCGACACGGCGGUCCGCAGAAGCGUGGCGGCAGUGGCGGUAGCUCCAGCCAGCAUCCAGCGUCGAAGACGAGCCAGAGCAAGAAGGUCCGAAGGCGCUACUAA